AUGAAGUUCAUGAAUGUGGAACUCUUCCCUGAAACAGAGAAGUUGAUGAAGACGGACCGUGUAUCCAUCAGAGACAAUCAGACAGACUUCAUAUUCACAGUAACCAUGGAGGAUCUCAGGAGAAGUGAUGCUGACAUUUACUGGUGUGCGAUUGAGAGAAGUGGCAUUGACCACAGGUCUAAAGUUAACGUGAUCAUUGACCCAGCCCCAGGAAAUCCAGCUGUACUAACAACGACUUCCACAAAGUCAAACGUUGAGACCAACAGCAACCAACCAGUGACUCAAACUGGCCCCUACACUAGGUCCCCACUGAGCAGCAUCUAUUUCAGGCUCCUGGUGUUUCUGGAGUUGCCCCUGCUCCUGAGCAUGCUCAGUGCUGUCCUCUGGGUGAACAGGCCUCAGAGAUGCUCUGGAGGGGGCGUGAAGUUGUCCUGAUGAGGACCAGUAGUCCCAAUGCCCGUCGGUAUCCCAUCCAGAGAGGAACAUCCUUCAGCAGAAGGAAAGGAGCAUUUCUGUGUGUCUAUCUGUUUGUCUGUCUGCAUGUG